UAAGCCAAUCUCUACUGAAUUGUCAACAAGCAGCGGCCUCUCUCUAAAAUAUUUCCAUCUUCAUAUUUAUUUCUUCGAAUACCAAAAUUAUAUUAAAUAAUAAUCUGUGUAUUAUAGUUUUACAUUUCACAUAAAAAUGGCGAUGGCAAGUUUGGCUAGAAGAAAGGCAUAUGUAUUGACCAGAAACUUCUCCAAUUCAAGUCCAGAUGCUUUCAGAUACUCAUUCUCUCUCACCCGUGGAUUCGCUUCCUCAGGAUCCGAUGAAAACGACGUCGUCAUCGUCGGCGGCGGUCCCGGUGGUUAUGUCGCCGCUAUCAAAGCCGCUCAGCUCGGACUCAAAACUACCUGCGUCGAGAAGCGUGGGACGCUCGGAGGUACUUGCCUCAAUGUUGGAUGCAUCCCUUCUAAGGCACUUCUUCAUUCAUCUCACAUGUACCAUGAAGCCAAUCAUUCAUUUGCUAGCCAUGGUGUGAAGUUUGCCUCUGUUGAAGUUGAUCUGCCUGCCAUGAUGGGCCAAAAAGACAAAGCUGUAGCUAAUCUUACCCGAGGUAUUGAAGGUUUGUUCAAGAAGAAUAAGGUCAACUAUGUGAAAGGAUAUGGAAAGCUCAUUUCUCCCUCGGAGGUGUCUGUAGACACUCUUGAAGGUGGAAAUACUAUUGUGAAAGGCAAGAACAUUAUAAUUGCGACUGGUUCUGAUGUCAAAUCUCUCCCUGGCAUUACCAUUGAUGAGGAGAAAAUUGUUUCAUCCACUGGUGCUUUGAAAUUGAAAGAGAUUCCUAAGAAACUUAUUGUAAUUGGGGCUGGUUACAUUGGGCUUGAGAUGGGCUCAGUAUGGGGCAGGCUAGGUUCAGAAGUUACAGUGGUAGAGUUUGCUGGUGAUAUUGUACCUAGCAUGGAUGGGGAAAUUCGCAAGCAAUUUCAGCGUUCUCUUGAGAAGCAGAAGAUGAAAUUCAUGCUCAAAACUAAAGUUGUAGGAGUUGAUAGUUCUGGAGAUGGUGUUAAGUUGACAAUCGAACCAUCAGCUGGUGGUGACCAGACAAUCCUUGAAGCUGAUGUGGUUCUUGUCUCUGCUGGCAGGACUCCUUUUACAUCUGGACUUGGAUUGGACAAGGUAGGUGUGGAAACUGAUAAGAUAGGACGGAUUUUAGUUAAUGAAAAGUUUGCAACAAAUGUGCCUGGUGUUUUUGCAAUUGGUGAUGUAAUUCCAGGACCAAUGUUGGCUCACAAGGCAGAAGAAGACGGAGUUGCUUGUGUGGAGUUCAUUGCCGGUAAACAUGGCCAUGUAGAUUACGACAAGGUUCCUGGAGUUGUCUAUACACACCCUGAGGUUGCUUCUGUUGGUAAGACUGAGGAGCAGGUUAAGGAACUCGGCGUUGAAUACCGUGUUGGGAAGUUCCCUUUCAUGGCAAAUAGCCGUGCGAAGGCAAUUGAUGACGCUGAAGGACUUGUCAAGAUUAUAGCCGAGAAGGAAACCGACAAAAUAUUGGGAGUACACAUCAUGGCUCCUAAUGCAGGUGAACUUAUUCAUGAGGCAGCUCUGGCCCUUGCCUAUGGUGCUGCAAGCGAGGAUAUCGCACGCGUAUGUCAUGCACAUCCAACCAUGAGUGAGGCAUUGAAGGAAGCUGCCAUGGCCACUCAUGACAAGCCCAUUCACAUGUAAAAAGAAUGAGCAUGCUUUCAUUUUUGGUUUGAGGCUUUGCCUGUUUAGCAAAAAAACUGUCAUUUUCUUAUUCAUCUCUCCUUAAAGCAGGUGCAAUGCUUGAAUAUAAAGUUGCUGUUGUCCAUUUCAUUAUAGAAUAAUUUCAUCUGUUGACUUAUCAAAGGGUUGAGAUGUAUGUUUGCAGGCAGGUGUUUAAUUUAACAUCAAAAUUGUGCUUUAGAAUUUGAAUUCUAUUUUUGCAUUCUCAUAUUGUUGAGCUUAUUAAUAUAUGUUGGCUGUUUUUGAA